UUUUUUUUUUUUUUUUUUUUAAUUUACAGCACAAGGACUUCUUUCAUACGUUUUUCUGCGUCAUUUAUUUUUAUGUCGCCUGACCUUUCCCGUGUUUUUAUGUUUAUCUGAGGGGGAUUCACAGACCCACCAUGGUCUCUCCUACAUAAAUCAACAUUUUUUUCCUAUGACUGCAGGCUGCUCUCUAUUUACCUAUAUGAAGGGAUGGGAGGAUCUCACUGGGUUUUGCAGGAGGCUGUAACUAGAUUUGUUGGAAGCGGGCAUGGGCCAGUGCGGUGCCCCGUGCACAGAUGGGUGUUGUGGAGGUAAACGCAGCCUCGGAUGAAGUGAGAAGCUCCGGUUCUUCUGUUUUCGGGCUGUGCGUCAUGGGCUGAGCUCUUGCGAUGACCCUUUUCUCCCUAGAGCUGUUUUGAGUUAUCCGAGGAUGGACGACGGAGACGGAUAAAGACUUAUCGGACAGACAGAGUUCAAAUAUCUUCACCUUUACCCGAGGAAACUGCGCGCGCACGGAGGCGCACCGGAGCCUUGGAGCGCACCAGACUGGAGCUGGAGCGUCAGACAGAUUUCUCUCAAUCUGAGGUUCCUACAGUGGAGUUUGGUCGUUGAGUUGAGGUUUAUAGAUAGAUAGAUAUAUCUUCAAGUAGUGGUUUUAUAAGGACAUUUCCCUUUAGAUCUGUUCAAUUAAAUGAGUCUAAAUAAUAUAUGACCAUGCGUCUUUGUGCGCCUGGAGUUAAAAUAGACGGUCCCGUGAUUGGAUGUUGUUAUAAAAUGACUUCAGCAGAAUAGAUGAUGUGGUUUUAGUUGCUUUGACCGGGACACGCUGUUACAGUUGGAUACUUGGCUUCGGGUCCAUUGGUUUAACCCUCAGGUGUAAAUGUUAAAUAAUUGUACGCACUCUUCUCUUCGUGUUUGGCUUUGAGGCUCCGCUCAGUUUGACCCAACCAAAGAUCCCUGUCUCCUCCACCCUCUCCCGAACCAUGUGGCUCCCCCGCCUAGCUCUGCUGCUGCUGCUCCGGUUCUCCGGUGUGUUGCCGGUGGACGGACUCAACACGUGUCAGACCAUCAACCUGGACGCGCAGAAGUCGCGGCGCAUCGAGGCCGUGCGCGGACAGAUCCUCAGCAAGCUCCGCAUCCGCAGCCCUCCGGACGACGACGACGUGCAGCCGCCGCCGCGCCCAGUGCCACCGGAGGUCAUGCUGCUGUACAACAGCACGCGGGAGCUGCUCAAGGAGCGUGCGCGUCUGGCCGAGUCCACGUGCGAGCGCGAGAGCAGCGAGGAGGAUUAUUACGCCAAAGAGGUUCAGAGGAUCGACAUGAUGCCUCCACAUGUUACUGACACAAACGCAGUGCAGCCGGACGCACCCAACCCCCACCACAGAGUCGUGCACUUCGACGUCAGUGGAGUCGACCUGACCAACAGCACCCUGGUUAUAGCUGAGUUCAGGAUCUUCAGAGCUCCCAACCCGCAGGCCCGGGCCUCAGAGCAGAGAGUGGAGAUCUAUCAGCUGCUGAAGCCGGAUGAGGACAGCACCUCCACUCAACGUUACAUCGACUCCCGCACCGUUCAGCCCAGGGCGAAGGGAUCCUGGAUCUCUGUGGACGUCACAGAGACCAUUAAGGACUGGUUGUCAGACACAGAGAACAAUCUGGGCCUGAAGCUGGGCGUCCACUGUCCCUGCUGCACCUUCGUCCCGUCCACCAACAACAUCGUUCCCAACAAGAGUGAGGAGCUGGAGGCCCUGUUUGCAGGUGUUGAUGACGAGCAGCUUCGUCAGUUCAGAAAACCUGGUCAGGUCAAAGGUCAGGCGGAUUUCAGCUCCAAGACUCCGCACCUCAUCCUCACCCUGCUGCCAAGCGACAGAGUCGACAACCCGACCAAGAAGAACCGCAAGAAGAGAGCGGCCGCCACCGAGACCACAACCUGCUCCCGUGGCUCAGACCAGGGCUGCUGCUUGCGCUCGCUCUACAUCGACUUCAGGCGUGACCUCAACUGGAAGUGGAUCCAUGAGCCCAAAGGUUACAAAGCCAACUUCUGUGCCGGCAACUGUCCUUACCUCUGGAGUGCCAACAACCACUACAACAUGAUCCUGCCCCUGUACAACAAGCUGAACCCUGAGGCCUCCGCCUCACCCUGCUGCGUCCCUCAGGACCUGGAGCCGCUCACCAUCAUGUACUUCAUCGGCCGCACACCUCGUGUUGAGCAACUCUCCAACAUGGUCGUCAAGUCCUGCAAGUGCCGCUGAGGGAGGAGAGCUCGGAGAUAGAGGUCAGGGGGGGCAGACAGGAGAGGAAUGAUUACUGGACUAAAAAAAAACACCACCGGGGGGAAAUAACAGACGAGGACAGACGGAUGGAUCCUGUGUUCAUUAAUCUAGUUUGAUCGACUUUAGCAGACUUUUUCCAAAUAUCAGGAUUUUUUUCUCCAUUUCUUUUCAGGCUUGACAACGUAUCAGAUCAUUUUGCUUCAUCUUCUGGAACUUUCCAUCUGAUAUAGGACACUGUAAAUAUGACACAUAGCUCUAUUAAAUCUGUAUUUGGACAUCAAAAAACAGGCUGUUGUGUGAUUUGGCCACAUUUGCUGCUGCAUAAGACCUCCACCUCGGUUGUGUUGCUGCGGCCGUGGGCAGCCAGACAUGUGCUUGUUUGCUUUAGGUUUCAAGGUGUUGAUUGGGAGGAGGCGUCGUGGAAAGGUUUUUGCAGACGGAGAUCUUUAGGCGAAGGAGGCAGGCGGCAGAUAGAAAAGAGAGAGAGGAGCUGUGUCCAGGCAGAGGCCCUGCCAGCCCUCUGCGGUCCAGGGCUGAAAUCUGCCCGGCGUAAACAGGAUGUGAAAGGUUUCCAGACACCGAGCCGACCACUCACGGAACGCUACAUUUAAAUGCUCCCCUCAUCUCCUCUGUCUCUCACUCCCUCUCUCUCUCGCUGCUGCUGCUCGAGGUUCUGGGAUUUGUGGUGGGAGGAGAGACAGAGAAAUAGAGGCUUUGAAAAUGAGACGUGGGAUGAUAGGGCUGCAUUUGGAAUGGCUACAAGUUUGGAAGGUGGUAUUUUGCUGCCUUAGCAAAUUUGUAACUUUUUGGGUCGGGCUCAAAAAUUCUAUGUAUGUUUGUUUAUUAUCUUAUUGUAAUAAGCUGUUGAAUCAUAGCUGUUCUUAUGCUAUGAUUAUAUUCUGUCAUACCUAUGUUUAUCAUCAAUCUCUCUGAUACACACACACAGACACACACACACACACAAACACAAAAACACAGGCACACACCCAAGUAUCCACAUCGACCACUUUUGAUAGAAUGUCUAAAUGCUGAAAAUAAAAAACAUCCCCAGGGCUCAUUUUAAAAAUAGGCCCUCUGGUAUGCAAGUGGUUUGUGUGCGUGUGUGUACAAGAUGUGUGUGUCUGUAUGUCUGUGAGUGUAUCUAAGUGUGCGCGUGCGUGUGGCUGGUGAGGUCAUGGGCGAUAGCUCAGAAAAUAUCCCCUGUAUUUUAUUGUGUAUUGUGUUGUAUGUAUUUUAGAUCAUAAGUGUGUGUGUUUGUGUGUGUGUGUUGCUUGCACGAAUAUCUUUGUGAGGACCAUGUUGAGCAUAGACCUUACAGAGUGAGGACAUUUUGGGUGGUCCUCACUUUUCAAAGAGCUGUUUGAGGGAUAUGACUUGUUUAGAACUGAUAUUACUUAGUCAGGGUUAGGCAUUUCGUUGCAACGGUUACUGUAGGGGUCUAGGAGGGAAUGCAUUAUGUCAAUGAGUGUCCUCACUAAGAUAGAAGACAAGUAAAAGCGUGUGUGGGGUUCAGGUAUUUCUCAUGUUGUGGGGACCUACAUCUGUUAACACACAUUAUGGGGACGUGUCUUCCUUUAUUGGACAAAAAUCAAGUCUGCAUAAUGUAAAUCAUUAGAACUUGAGGUGAAUGUAUGUUUUUAAGUUGAGGCUGAGGUUAAACCUUAAAUUUUGGUUAAGAUUCAGGGUAAGGGUUAGGUUUAGGCAAGUAGUAACGCUUAGAGUAAGUCAGAGCAAGUAAAUAAAUAACACAACUCUCUGUGUGUGUGUGUGUGUGUGGGGGGUAUCUAUCUAUAGGUAUGAAGGCCACGUUUGGUCCUAUGCCAUCAU